AAGCCUCUUGUAAACAGAAAAUUCCAUAGAAGGCAUGUUUACUUCUGGGCAGGUGGCUCUUCUCUGGAAAGGUAAGUCAUGCGACCGCCUCUUCAGGCAGAGUGGGAGGAGAGUUUCGUUUAAGAGCCAGCCAGUACAGCCAGUCGGUACAGCCAGUCGGUACAGCCAGUCAGUCAGUCAUUAUCCUUGAAUACAACUCUCAGCAGAGGAACCCGAACAACCCUCUUGCCUUCCUGUCUCCUGAAAUCACCAUGUCCUGCGAGGACCUUGAAUGCGUCAUUUGCUGCAACGAGUACUCUCGCACCAGCAGGGUCCCCAGAGUGCUCCACUGCCAGCACACCUUCUGCGCCCCGUGCCUGGAAAAGAUGUCCACCCUGGAGGGAGCCAUCUACACCGUCUCCUGCCCUCUGUGCCGCUGGGUCACCUGCGUCCAGGCCCGCCUGUCUCUCUCGGGGGGUCUGUGGAUCAACACUGAGAAAUGGGACCAGAUCAUCGAGCACAACAGCGGGAAGCACAACAAUCUGGAAAGCAAACAGCCCCAAGUCGUCCAGCCACCUGUAUCUUGCAAGAAACGUUCUGGUGCUUUUUCUGGACUCCAGCGACUGUUCCGCUGUGCGCCGCGGCACCAGCAGAGCUGCUGAACGGCUGAGAGAGAAAAGAGCGUCGCUUCUUAGGAACCGAGACUUGGGAGCGCUUAAUGUGAAGUUUGGACGUCUUCUAGAAGGACUGUGUUUGCUUUAUGUCGAGUUUUGUUUGUUUUUUUUAAGAUGUGGAUGUGAGCGUAAGAGAAGACAUACAGUUUUAUUUGUCAAAAUGAAAUAGGAAAAUGUUUUAGGUUGUUUAAAAAAGAGAGGGAAAGAAAUCAAAGGCAGACCUCAAGCAUUAUAUCUACAGAUGAUGCAAAAGUAGUUGAUUGAGUUUUCCUAUAAUAAUAAAUAAUUUAUUGUAAAUAAUAUAAUAAUUUAUGAAUGCAGUAUGAGUUUGUUUUUAGAAUGAUUUCUGAUUUGUUCCUGGAUAUGUGUAUGUAGUAUCAGGCAUCCUGAGUUUUAUUUUAUACAUGUUUGUCAUUUUUAAAACAUAUCUGUGUUUUUGUUUUUGUUUUUUGUUUGUUUGAUUUUGCAACAUGUACCUGCAACUGUGAAUCAAGUGUCUGGAAAAUGACGAACAAUGUUCUGAUAUCAAGUUAUUUGAAGCAUUUGAAUAAAACUAUUUUUCAAAAGAG